UCGUUAAUAGGCCUUUCAGUGAGGUUGCCAAAAAUCCACUGGUAAGGGCUAUUAUCGACAGGAGCAAUAGUGACGGGGCCAUCUCUCAAGAUAAAUGGGGGAUCAUCCGUCAACGAAUGCUAGGGGUGUACUGGAAAAUCCUUAAGGAAAAUCCAGGACCCGCCCCCCAAAAUGAUGACGCUGGCUGGUUCCAGGGUCAUAUAAAACUGCUGGCUUGUUCGAAUGAGCGCUCUGCGUUACUUCUCAAGCUAGCGAUUGAGUUCCUUGGGGAAGUGUGGCCAGGCGAUAUGUUGGACGUGGUCCCGGUAUGUGAAAUUCCUCGCAGACCGAGAUCCAUUGCCACCAUCCCAACUGAGCCUCAUGACCCGGCGGAGAUUCUGGCGCUCCUUCAGAGCGGAAACCCUCAUCUACCUACCCAUGAUUGGAAGGUGGUGAAGGUCUCCGAACCGAUAGGAACGAUCAGAAAGGCGAUUGUGGUCCUUAAUAAGGAGUCCGUGUCGCCACUGCGAGAGUGCGGAAGCAAAGUAUACUAUGGCUUUGAUAGUAUUACUCUCCGUACCUACCGCAGUGACGACAAACGCAACGCCGCUGCCUCGAAGGUUAAGCUAGAGGUUCCGCCCAAGAAGGACGAUGAUAACAUCGACGAUCCCGCUGUUUCAGAAGGCGGGGAGAACUCUCAAUCGACAACAGGUCAACUGGGAGAACUCCUCGGCGAUCUGAAAGUGGCGGAGGACGAUGACACCCUUUCGGAUACUGAUCCGGAAGAUGUCGACGUAACCGUCGUCUACGAUCCUGACUUAGGAGAUGGUGAAGGUAUUGCAGAUUAA